GCAGAUAUAGGUAGAGUUGCUGGUGUCAAGAGUGAGACAUAGUGCUCUUUCUCCCCCACAAUGUCCCCUCAUGCUAUUCUCAUGAAAUCGGUCCUCACUCCUCACACCACUCCCACCCUCUCUUACCGGAAAAGCUCCCCCACUCUUCCCUCACUCUUCCCUCCCCAUCACCACAGCCACCAAGCUCUGCUACCUUACAGCACCCAGAACCCAUCAACCUCAAUGUCCAACAACCACCACGAUACCAGUGUUCUCUCCUGGCCCCUUACUGGUAAACGUGGUAGGAAGAGACAGUAUGCAGAAGCUCUCUCUCCUCCAUCCUUUCUCUCUGAGGAGUAUGACACUGCCCACUUGCUCGUCAUGCUCUCUGCUGGUGGUAAAUCCGAUGCCUCUACAACUGCAAACACUACUUCUACAGAAACGACCAUGGUCGGCGGCGAAGAAGAUUCUUGUCACGCCUCCCCACCAGAGGCAAAGCACAGUUGUACCAACUGUGGUAAGUCAUUCUGUUCUCACCAGGCCUUAGGUGGUCAUAGAGCAAGCCACAGGAAGAUCAGAGGCUGCUCCGCUACAGAUGUUAAGCAUGUCAAGCAAGAAGAAGACGCUGACAAGAAGCGCAAAAGAGAAAAAACGGUGGUGGAAUUGAUGAUGGGAUGCAUAGUAGAACCGCUUAAAUUUGACCAUGAAGAACCAAAGAAUGUCAGAGGCAGCGUCAUCUCCAAGGGGAGGACGAGAAGGGCUUAUUCACACCAUGAGUGCUCCAUUUGCAAGAAGCUGUUCCCUACAGGACAAGCUCUGGGAGGACACAAGAGAUGCCAUUGGGAGAGAAAGAAGGAUACCAGACAUGGAACUAAGAGCAACCCUGUUCUUCUCCUUGAUCUAAACCAACCGCCUCCUGUGGAAAAUGAUCAUCAGUUUUGUCAUAUGGAAGGAACUUCACCUUUUUAUGUUUAAACUCUUCCUGUUUCGACCCUGUUGCAUGCUUUUGUUUAAAAGGAAUUGAAGGUGUUUCAGUACUCAAUUUAGCAUCUGGAAGUGUGCGCAUGUGAAUGUGGUGAAGAGAGUUGCCAGUCGUAAACUCUGGGUGUUAUGCUACACUGUCUACUGUUGCAGGAAGAAAACAAAUGGCCAUGGCGGUAACUUUUUCGGAUACAGAAAGGCUUAGAAGAGAAGCAAUAAGAUAUUGUGACAAUUAUGUUCGUAAUUACUCCGAAUUAAUGGAUUCCACAACCUUAUAGCCUUAGCUGUUACUAUUUCAAUUUAUUAAUUUCUUCUUCAUGACCCAGUUGGUGUUUGAGAUUCUUGUAUAUGUUUUCUUAUUUUGCUUAGUUUGAGUAAA